ACGCGUGCAUGCGCAGUUCGAGCGUGGUGGGUGGAGAGGAUUUUUGUUUAUUGUAGUGGUUUAUUUGUUGUUAUAUUAUUGUUAAUACAUAUUUUUUUACAGUGUAGUGUAACAAGGGCAGCAGAUAAACAGGUACAUGUACAAAUUUAGCUAAUGUGAUAUAGUAACAUUUCACGAGGUAACGUUAGCGGAUUUGGGUCAUCAUAGAAGGUUAGCCAGCGAGCUAGCAUUGAGGGUCUUGUACAUGGUACUGUAACGUUAGUUAGCGUGUGUGCUAGCAAGCUAGCAAAAAUGCAAGCUAGUUUACGCUACCUUUAGAUAGCAUUUCAACAUUUAGCUAGGUAUCUUAGCUAAGCAACUCGCUUAUCAUCUGGCACCACCAGGAUUAAUGCUAUUGCGCGGAUAAAUCACUGUUGCUAAGCUCCGGCAGCAUUUGUUCAACACUACUUUUACACUUCUACUGAUAAAAGGCAUAGAGGAUUCCACUUUAAAGUCUCCCCAAGGUUGAAACCUAAGGAGCAAGAUGUCAAUCACGAACACACCCACAAGUAAUGAUGCUUGCCUAAGCAUUGUGCAUAGCCUGAUGUGCCACCGACAGGGAGGGGAGAGUGAAAGCUUUGCUAAGCGAGCUAUAGAGAGUCUUGUCAAGAAGCUGAAGGAGAAGAAAGAUGAGCUGGAUUCCCUUAUCACAGCCAUCACUACAAAUGGGGCUCAUCCUAGCAAGUGUGUAACCAUACAGAGAACUUUGGAUGGACGCCUACAGGUUGCGGGGCGAAAAGGUUUUCCUCAUGUUGUCUAUGCCCGACUAUGGCGAUGGCCUGAUCUACACAAGAAUGAAUUGAAACACGUGAAAUAUUGCCAGUAUGCCUUUGACUUGAAAUGUGACAAUGUUUGUGUCAACCCAUACCACUACGAGAGAGUCGUCUCUCCGAGCAUUGACUUAUCAGGGCUAACCCUUUCAAAUUCAGGUUCACUCUUGGUAAAGGAUGAGUAUGACUAUGACAACCAGCAAUCUCACUCAAGCUCUGAAAGCCACCUGCAGACUAUCCAGCAUCCCCCGGCAAGACCCGGUCCACAGGAGAUCUUCAUCAGCCCCUCUCUACUCAGCCCAUCAGAGGGCAGUGGUUCAGCUUCAACCUCUGCUUUCUCUACCAUCAGCGUUGGACCAUCAAACCCUACUGCCAGUUGGAGCAGAAAUGGCAACUUCACUGCUGCAGGGCCUCAACAUCAGAACGGGCAUCUACAGCAUCAUCCACCCAUGCCUCACACAGGGCAUUACUGGCCUGUUCCCAAUGAAAUUGCGUUCCAGCCCCCCAUAUCCAAUCACCCUUCUCCAGAGUACUGGUGCUCCAUUGCUUACUUUGAGAUGGAUGUCCAAGUUGGGGAAACGUUUAAGGUGCAAUCCACAUGUCCGAUAGUGACUGUGGAUGGCUACGUUGAUCCAUCAGGAGGGGACCGCUUUUGUUUGGGCCAGCUGAGCAAUGUCCACAGGACAGAGAACAUAGAGAGAGCCAGGCUACACAUUGGCAAAGGCAUGCAACUGGAGUGCAAAGGUGAAGGAGACGUCUGGGUGCGCUGUUUGAGUGAUCAUGCAGUGUUUGUGCAGAGCUAUUACCUGGAUCGAGAGGCUGGACGUGCCCCUGGAGACGCAGUUCACAAGAUCUACCCCAGCGCUUACAUCAAGGUGUUCGACUUGCGUCAGUGCCACAGGCAGAUGCAGCAGCAGGCAGCGACAGCUCAGGCUGCAGCUGCAGCCCAGGCAGCAGCCGUGGCCGGGAACAUUCCCGGGCCCGGCUCCGUGGGAGGCAUCGCCCCUGCCAUCAGUCUUUCGGCAGCUGCAGGCAUUGGGGUUGAUGACCUGCGCAGGCUGUGCAUCCUGCGGAUGAGUUUCGUGAAGGGCUGGGGGCCCGACUACCCACGGCAAAGCAUUAAAGAGACACCCUGCUGGAUUGAAAUUCAUUUACAUCGAGCUCUACAGCUACUGGAUGAAGUUCUGCACACCAUGCCCAUAGCUGACCCUCAGCCUCUCGACUGAGUUGAAAGACAUAAACUGAACAAAAGAAGAAAACAAUCAGGCAACUUUUUUAACAGACCCCCCCACCAAAGGCCUGGAGUGUCAAAUGAGGACUGCAACUACAGGGAUUCUGAUAAGGUCGUAAGAGCACCAACAAGGACGUAAAGGCCGGCAGUAUACUCCGAACACAAUGCUUUCGAGUUGAGAGCUGCAAGCAGUUACCAGUAUUAUGAGUGAGACUCCAGGUCUGGUGUCAGUGACUUUUGGACAGCUGGAGCAACAUGGGAAGUACACUGGGAUAAAUUGUUGUACUCUGAAAACAUGCUGCCAAGAGGAUGAAAAAAGAAGCCAGUAUCCUGUCAUUGUUUACCAAUUCAACACCAUGAAGUUAACUAGGCUUCAUGUCUCUCAAUCUCAAGUUGAUACACAAAUAUUCAGACACAGAUAUGAUAAUGCUAAAUGUAUUCAACCUUGGUACUAUACAAAAUAAAUGCAUUACCACAACAGAGUGUAGGGUGUCUAACACAAAUGAUUUAUACUCUGCAGUCAUCUUUUUUUCAGUGUGAACAUUUCCCCACUUAAGAUUUGGAGAUGUUGAGCCCCUGCAACUGACUGACAAAAAUCCUCUUUUGGACUAUUUUGUAAGAGGGCAAACUAUUUGGCCUAACACCAAUAAAGCUGAGCACAAUGUGAUGCCUUGUAUUGGAUGCAAACCUGUUAUUUACCCUGUCUGAACAUUCUAAAUGUCAUUUCAGUUGGAGUAUACUGCCGAUCCAGUCCUCUUCUAUUGGCUCUCCGGUGCUUAUAUGGCUUCAUGUAAGUGGAGUUUUUCACCUCACAAAUCAGAAUAGUUAUGUAAAAAUCAUGUUAUUCAUUAUGUUUUUGAAAGAUGUAAUCUCAAUUAUUUUCCAAUGCUGACCGUCCUUAUUUGGUGUUAAAAA